AUGCGCCGCUGGGGCUCCGGCCUAGCAGCGCGGCGGCUCUUCCGGCUCCUCGCGCUGCGCGCUUCCGGCCGGCCGCGGCCUAGCGCCGUUGCCGUAGCAACCGAGGCCCGCUCGGGCCUAGUCGGCAUGGAGGAAGCCUUGAGCCGCGCCGUGCCGCCGCUGCCGCCUUACGAGACCCGCGAGAAAGGCGCGGCGCCGGCCGGGGCGGCCCUGGAGCAGCGCGGCGCCGAGUUCAUGCGCUACUACCGCGGCUUGGCGAGCGGCCUGCCGCGGGCCCAGCUGCUGGGCCGCCUGGCGCGGGACUUCGGCGUCGAGCACGGCCGCGUGGCCGAAGUCAGCGCCAAGGUGCUGCGGCUGCAGCAGCAGCUGGAGGCCGAGGCCGAGCCCGGCGCCCUCUUGCAGGCCGAGGACCGGCUCCGGCACUACCUCACGCCCCGCUACCGGGGCCUCUUCCAGCACCUGGGCCGGCAGGAGGGCGGCCUCCGCUUCCUGGUGGAUCUCCGCAAGGACCUGCUCGAAGCCCUGGCGGCCAGGGAGGCCGAAGGGCCGCACGUCAGGGAAAUGAAUGGCGUUCUAAAGAACAUGCUGUCGGAAUGGUUUUCCACAGGAUUCCUAACCUUGGAACGAGUUACGUGGCAGUCCCCAUGUGAGAUUCUUCAAAAGAUUAGUGACAGUGAAGCCGUGCAUCCUGUUAGAAACUGGAUGGAUAUGAAGCGCCGAGUUGGGUCUUAUAGAAGGUGCUACUACUUUGCCCAUUGUGCCAUACCUGGAGAACCUUUGAUAGUUUUGCAUGUUGCACUUACAGAUGAGAUAUCCAGCAGCAUCCAGGCCAUAGUGAAAGAGGUUCCUUCUCUAGAAGUGGAGAAUCUGAACAAAAUUACCACGGCAAUUUUCUAUUCAAUCAGUUUGACUCAACAGGGCCUGCAGGGUGUGGAGUUAGGAACGUACCUCAUCAAACGAGUUGUUAAGGAACUGCAGGUUGAUUUUCCCCAGAUCAAAGCCUUCUCCACUCUGUCUCCAGUUCCGGGAUUCACCAAAUGGCUUGUUGGACUCCUUCCCUCCCAAUCCAAAGAAACAGGCAGAAGUCCCUUCACAGAUCCCGAAUACCAAGAAAUCUCUGAGAUCACGGGAGAACCCGCUGUUGAAAUCCUAAAACGUCUCUUAACGAACAAUGAGUGGGUGAGGUCAGAAAGGCUAGUCCGGGUCCUACAGCAGCCGCUGAUGAGGCUGUGUGCCUGGUACCUGUACGGAGAGAAGCACCGCGGAUAUGCCCUUAACCCGGUGGCCAACUUCCAUCUUCAGAAUGGUGCAGUGCUGUGGCGUUUGAACUGGAUGGCGGAUGUGAGCCCCCGUGGUAUCACUGCCUCCUGUGGCAUGAUGGUCAACUAUCGCUAUUUUUUGGAGGACACUACUAGCAAUAGUGCCACGUAUCUCGGAACUAAGCAAAUCAAAGCCUCGGAGCAGGUCCUCUCCUUGGUGUCUCAGUUUCAACAGAAUAGCAAGCUUUAAAUAAACGAGGCAGCUUUCAGGAGCAAAUACCUGUUUCAGCUAAAUGGGAAUUUUGAGGUACUUAAAAAGAGGGAGCAUAGCUGAUAAACCAGCGCUCUGUCCCUGAUCUCAUCAAGAUCCACGGUUGAACUGUCAGGCGAUUCUCGUUGCCUUCACGUGCUUUUCCAUACAGGGAGAGGACAUGAUUUGCUGCGGAUGAUAUUUCCAGCUAGUGGGAAAAGCUGGGUAAACUCUCCUUAGUGAAGUGGCAAGCCUGUGGUGACUCCUGUGAACUGUGUGUUGUCCCUACCCUUGCUCACCCAAUCGAUAAGUCUUGUUUAAACCGCAUCUUCAAAAGAGCCGUUGAACACCUGAGCGCUCUGACACAUUAAAGGGAGAGGUAGAUCAAUAUCAGGGUUAGUAGAUAAAAGAAGCGAGUAAGGAAAGGCUUUUUGGCCAAACGUGCCAACAAAACACCAUCCUCUAGGACUUCUCCAAUAAGAUGUUUGUUUUACACACCCUUCCCUGCUGCUCUGUGCUAAAUUCUUUGAUCAGCUUGUCCACUUCAGCAUUGCCACCACUGAGUUAUUGCUUUGCUCUGAUGGAGCCUUGGAACACCUUGGUAUGUGUUUGCGUAUUUUGGCUCCAUCUUGAGUGCUCUCCAGGCUGCAGAUGUAUGGAAUGAAGUGUCUGCAUCUUUACAGUAGCUCCGGCUUACGAUUUCUCAAGUGAAACCAACAGUUCAAAAACCAAAGAGAGGAAUUUGUUUCAAAGGGCUUUAUAAUGUUUACGGGGUUGUUUUAAACUUACCUGGUAAUAUUUUUUUAAAUUUUAAUUUAAAAAGACAAACAAGCCUGAAAUGAACUACAUUAAAAAAGUAAGGUUUGCCAUAUAAA